GUCGGUUCGCUAUCGACUAUUUCUCUUCCUCUCCGUCUCUGAUAGUUUCCCGACGAAGCAUUGAUUUCUUUCUGCUCACUCCAACAGAGAAGAGAAAGCUGACGCCGGAGAAGAACCCUAACCAACCGCCGGAGUCGCCAUGAGCCGUGGAAGUGGAGGCGGAUACGAUCGCCAUAUCACGAUCUUCUCCCCCGAGGGCCGUCUCUUUCAAGUAGAGUAUGCCUUCAAGGCGGUUAAGGCUGCCGGGAUCACCACUAUUGGUGUCCGGGGGAAGGACUCUGUGUGCGUGGUCACUCAGAAGAAGGUCCCGGACAAGCUCUUGGACCAGACAAGCGUAACCCAUCUUUUCCCUAUCACCAAGUACCUUGGUCUGCUAGCAACAGGCAUGACAGCUGAUGCUAGGACCUUGGUGCAACAGGCAAGGAAUGAAGCAGCUGAGUUCCGAUUCAGAUAUGGAUAUGAGAUGCCUGUGGAUGUAUUGGCUAGAUGGAUAGCCGACAAAUCUCAGGUCUACACUCAGCAUGCUUACAUGAGACCUCUUGGAGUAGUUGCUAUGGUCUUGGGGAUUGAUGAGGAGUUUGGACCUCGACUUUACAAAUGUGAUCCUGCUGGUCAUUUCUUCGGUCAUAAGGCCACAAGUGCUGGAUCAAAAGAGCAAGAAGCGAUCAAUUUCUUGGAGAAGAAAAUGAAGAAUGAUCCCCAAUUUUCUUAUGAAGAGACAGUACAGACCACGAUUUCUGCGUUGCAAUCGGUGUUGCAAGAGGACUUCAAGGCCAGCGAGAUUGAGGUCGGAGUUGUUAGGACCGACAAUCCCGAGUUCAGAGUGCUGUCCACCGAGGAGAUUGAUGAGCACCUAACUGCCAUCAGCGAGCGCGAUUAAGCGGAACCUCCGCAAGAACAUGUACUUUCCUGAAUCUGGGAGAUCUUCUUUCUUUUCUGAACAAUGACGGUCUUGCCAAAAUGUCGUGCCCUUGGAUCGGUUAGGUGUUGUCCGAUGGAUAUGGCCUGGUUAUUGGGUUUUCAUUUGCUAUGGUUGUUGAGGAUUGUGUAGUAUCAGUAUCAACUAUCAUCAUCUUCUUGACUGGACAAAUUCCAAACUGUGCUGAGGGGGAAAGGACGGUAUUUAAAAUGGAACUAAAUUGAUGCAUCCUA